AUGCCACCGCUUCAUCUCCGACAGGAAUUCCCGACGCUGAAAGCUUUCAAGGAGGCGCUACAUGCGUGGGCGAUCGAGUCGCAUUUCGAGCCUCGCAUCCUAAAAUCGGAUACGGGACGGGUAAGGGUCGGUUGUAAACGCGACGCGAAUUGUCCUUUCGUAAUAAGGUGCAAUUGGGAGCGGAAGAAUGGGCGGGAGCCUCUCGCGCGGGUUACGGUGUUGAGGGAUAGACAUACCUGUCUUGAUAAUUUGGAUUUGGGGGUUGGGGGCAAUCUUGGUGGUGCGAAUGAUGGAGGGGUUAAUGGAGGGAAUGGCAAUGCUAAUGUGGGCACGGCGAAUAUGACGAGCGGUUUAGGGAUGGGGAUGGGCGGUAUGGGUAUGGCGGGAGGCAUAGGGAUGAACAUGAACAUGGCGAAUGGAAUGGGCAUGAAUAUGGGUGGGAACGGUCAAGUUGAGAUACGUCAGGAUGGUGAUGGGAAUAUUAUGGGCGGCGCGAGGGUCUUAGGACCUAUCGAGCGACAGAAUAAUGAGGUCACUAAUGCACCAGCUAUCGCUGCUUUGCCUAAAGUCCAGAGGAAUAGCGCGUCGAGACUGCCUUUCCUAAUGGACAUCCUUCCGCGCAUGAUGAAUAUCCAAAAAGAAACUACCCCGAUGGAGAUUAGGGAAUGCUUGCUAAGAGAAUAUGGAGCAGAGGUUCAUCUACAACAAUGUAGACGAGCCAAAACCGAGAUACUGAAGAAGAGGGCGAGUGAAGGGGAACAGGGAAACCCAGGAAGCGAACAUCAAGGCAGCCUUGAUGGAAUGGGUGGCAGUGAAGGCGCAAAUGAAGCUACGCAGCAGCUUUUCGCCGACAUGAACGGUUCUUCGAACAUGAACAGUACACCUCAAAUGAACGGCACGCCUCAGAUGAAUGGAACGCCACAGAUGAAUGGGACGCCGCAAAUGAACGGCUCGUCCCAGAUGAACGGAGUACCUCAGAUGAAUGGCAGUUCAAACAUGAACACCAAUGGGAAUGUUGCGACAACGCCUAGUAACCCUCAACCAAGCCCUCAUCCCUUUACUCUGCAUACCGCGACUGGAGUUGUGACUCCAGUGGUUCCUGAUCGAGGAACAGCGGCGUUGAGAGCGGUUGGAGAGCAGCCGAUCAAGUGUCCUUAUUGUAUUAAUCAUCGCUGGAUGAAGAGUAUUCAGGAUGCGGUGGAGCAUAUGAGUAUGCAUGUUACUGUGUGA